AUGCAGACCAAUGGCCACAAUGUUGUUCUCGUCCGUCGGGUGAGGCGCAAGGAUGAAGGGCUCUGGAAGCCUCUCGCUCGCUGGUUCGUUGAGCACCAAGUCGGCCUGUCGCUCAACCUGCUCUCUCUUCUUGUCCUUGCCCACGCCUGUAUCCCCAGAGCUAGAAUACACACGAGAAAGUUCUUCCACCUCUCUUAUUUCAAUGAAGCGACUGGCAAGUAUGCCACCGGACAGGAUGAUCUCUGCUUGAUUGCCGCUUUCAUUGUUCUUUUUACUGGUCUCCGAGCUGGCACCAUGGAUUAUAUUCUGGCGCCCUUUGCUAGACUCAAUGGCAUCACCAACCGAAAAGACAUGACCCGGUUUAGCGAACAGGCCUGGCUGCUGAUUUACUACAUGAUCUUUUGGCCUACCGGAGUGUAUCUGUAUGUCAACUCUCCCGCCUGGCUGAACAUGAAAGAGCUAUGGACCGACUGGCCGAAUCGCGAAAUGGGCGGCCUCCUGAAGGUCUAUAUGCUUGCUCAGUGGGCAUUCUGGCUGCAGCAAAUUGUUGUCAUCAACAUUGAGGAUCGCCGCAAGGACCACUGGCAAAUGUUUAGCCACCACCUUAUCACGACGGCCCUGAUUUCGUCUUGCUACUGCUACCACCACACCCGUGUUGGACUGUUCAUCCUGGUCAUCAUGGAUGUGGUGGAUCUCUUCCUUCCUGUCGCCAAAUGUCUGAAAUACUGCGGAUACAAGACGCUAUGCGACUUGACUUUUGUUCUCUUCAUGGUAUCAUGGUUCGUUGCUCGACAUGUCUUUUAUAUCAUGGUGUGCUGGUCCAUCUACGCCGAUACUCCUGUAAUUAUGCCUACUGGAUGCUUUGCUGGACCGAAUGACUCUUUGGUUGGACCUAUGGAAGCCCCUGCCGGCUUUGCUUACCUGAUUGAGCCAUUCUUCAGCUCGACCGGGCGUGUUUGCUACAACGAAACGGUUAAAUGGGCCUUCCUCACGCCUCUCCUCCUCCUCCAGGGCAUUACGAUUUUCUGGUUUACCAUGAUUAUCCGGGUUGCCAUCAAGGUCGUACGCGGAGAUGGUGCGGAAGAUUCUCGAAGUGACGACGAGUAUGAAGAGAACGAAGACGAAGAGGAGCUCAUCUACGAGGAAAUCCAGCCGCUCGAGCAAGAGGUGGGCGUGGAAGACCUGGAUCUGAAGAGCUGGGAGCGACGCAACGGGCUUAAGAAGCAGGCUUCUGCUAGCGGAGUUAGCUUACCGGGACACAGCGAUCGCAAGGAACUCCUUGGCCGUAUUGGCUGUGAGAAACAGGUGGAAUGA